UUCAUUUCCUUUUUUGGCUUUAAGAAAUUCAUCAAAAAUAUACUAUUAUAGCUUGUCUGUUUAAGGACAACUUUCAUAAUUGCAUUUGAAUUGUUUAAGAUAACGCCUCCAUCAAGAUGUAUAGCGCAUCAGAAACUGCGUUCUCCAUACGAUCCGAUCUGAAACAGCUUACAAAGAGAUCACAACACACGAUGCAUGAUGAUCAGGUACCAGAAUUGGAUAUCAUGACCAUUGCGUAUAAGUUCUUUCUGGAUGAAUUUGCUCAGCUUAACGAUGAAGAGCGAAAAUAUCGUUUAUCCAAUUUAGAUGCGUUGGAAAUGCUACAGACAAUUGAAAUGGUACAGAAAGAUUUGGCCAUUUACAAGCUGGAGAAUCAUAUAAUGGUUGAUUUUCUUGAGAAGAAUGAUCCCAAAUUGUUGGUGGGAUUGCGACAUCGACGCACUUCAAUCUUAAAGAAACUGCAAAACCAAAGGAAACAACAACAAGACAAUUUACAACAUUCGAGUCGUCAUUCGAGCUCCAAGCGUUCCAUAUCCAUGUCCAUACAUAUGGCCAGCAGCAUGGGAGGGGAACGACGCAAACCGAUUGAAUAUAAGCUCAAUUACAAGGCCAAAGCCGAAUUGGCCGAAAAGGCAACGUCCGAGGUGGAAAAACGUGUCACUGAUAUUGAGAGGAAUGCCACGGUUGAGGUGAAGCAGCUGCGUGCCAAGAUCGAGGAAUUGCGUUAUCGAAGCGAGGAGACCAUUGAAACGGAGAAGAACUUUAUGUUGCACUUUCUGCGUGAUGAGAACGACAAAGCCUUCCUCGAAAACGCCACAGAGCGUCAGAUUGAGCGUAAACUGCGCAAAUUUACGGCGAAUUGGUUUAAGAAUGCCCGUGCUCUGUUGGGCACCAUGAGAUUAACAAUUGUCUCCCUACAGGAGACUUGCCAACAACAUCGUGCGGAUUUAAUUACCAAGGCGGAUCUUAGUGGCAUCCUUACUGCCGUGGACUUUGAGAAACUGAUUAUAAAACGAAACGAGCUGAUCAAUGAGCUUGAGGAGAAGAAUACACACAUGGCCGGAUUAAAAGGCAUUACUGGGAAGACAUCCCUGGCGAUGACCGAAGAAAAGCAGGCAAUGAUGAAUCUGGAGACGGAGAUGCGUAAUGUGCUCAAUCGCACUGAAGAGAUUACACGCACCAUAGCCAAGUUGGAGAAGGAAGUGUCCAUUGUGCAGACGAACAAUGAGAAGGAUUAUGUUAUAUUGGGUGAGUUGCGUGGACAGUUGGACGAGUUUGAGGCACCGAGCGUUACCGAGUACAUUGAAAAGAAGGAGGAGGCCAUCUCUCUCGACAAGGAGGAGAAGAUGCUGCAGCGCAAGAUCUAUAUACUUAAUAUGAAACUGAACAAUGUAAUGCGACGUUGCAGAUAUCGUGAUGAAUAAUUAUUGAAUAAAAUUGUAAUUAUUAGUUUACCCGAAAGACAGU